GCGCCCAAGAAGCGCGGCUACGACAUCACGAGGAACCCGCACCUCAACAAGGGAAUGGCUUUCACGCUUCAGGAGCGGCUGCAGCUGGGAAUUCAUGGCCUCCUUCCUCCUUGCUUCUUGAGCCAAGACGUCCAAGUUCUCCGUGUCAUGAAAAACUACGAGAACAAAUCUAAUGAUCUAGAUAAGUAUAUUGUCCUCAUGACAUUACAAGACCGGAACGAGAAACUUUUUUACCGGGUGCUGACCUCCGACAUUGAGAGAUUCAUGCCCAUCGUCUACACCCCGACGGUGGGGCUGGCCUGUCAGCAAUAUGGUUUGGCUUUCCGGCGGCCACGGGGGUUGUUUAUCACCAUUCAUGACAAAGGACAUAUUGCAACAAUGCUAAACUCUUGGCCUGAAGAAAACAUUAAGGCUAUCGUGGUGACAGAUGGAGAGAGGAUCCUCGGAUUAGGAGAUCUAGGAAGUUAUGGCAUGGGUAUCCCAGUGGGGAAGCUUGCUUUGUACACGGCUUGUGGUGGAGUUCAYCCACAACAGUGUCUCCCUGUCCUGCUGGAUGUUGGCACAGACAAUGAGGCUCUCCUGAAUGAUCCACUGUAUAUUGGACUGAAACACAAGAGGGUUCGUGGGAAACAAUACGACGAACUGAUUGAUGAGUUUAUGCAGGCAGUUACCAAYAAGUAUGGCAUGAAUUGUCUAAUCCAGUUUGAAGAUUUUGCUAAUGCUAAUGCUUUUCGUCUCCUCAAUAAAUACCGCAACAAAUACUGUACAUUUAAUGAUGAUAUUCAGGGCACUGCAUCUGUGGCAGUAGCUGGAAUCUUUGCAGCCUUAAGGAUCACAAAGAACAAGCUCUCUGACCAUAAGUUUGUUUUCCAAGGGGCUGGAGAGGCUGCGAUGGGCAUAGCUCAUCUCAUCAUCAUGGCCAUGGAAAAGGAAGGAAUUUCACGACAAGAUGCCAUCAGAAAAAUCUGGAUGGUGGACUCCAAGGGUCUGAUUGUCAAGGGGAGGAGCCACCUGAACCAUGAGAAAGAGAUGUUUGCCCAGGACCACCCCAGUGUGAACACGCUGGAGGAGGUUGUGCAAAAAGUGAAGCCCACAGCCAUUAUAGGUGUCGCAGCCAUUGCAGGAGCUUUCACCGAGAAGAUUUUAAAGGACAUGGCAGCGUUCAAUGAGCGGCCCAUCAUUUUUGCCCUGAGCAACCCCACAAGUAAAGCGGAGUGCACAGCAGAGCAGUGCUAUCGCCUCACCCAGGGCCGGGGAAUAUUUGCAAGUGGGAGUCCAUUCUCAAAGGUUACCCUUUCCAACGGUCAGACCUUCUUCCCUGGCCAGGGAAACAACGCCUAUGUCUUCCCAGGAGUGGCGCUGGGAGUCAUCGCUUGCGGGGUCCGACACAUCCCUGACGACAUCUUCCUCACCACAGCAGAGUCUAUCGCAGCUGAAGUCACAGAGCAGAACCUUGCAGAAGGAAGAUUAUAUCCCCCCCUGGAUAGCAUCAGAGAGGUGUCUUUCAAAAUCGCUGUGAAAGUUGUUGACUGGGCCUACAAACAUGAUCUGGCUUCUUGGUACCCUGAGCCAGCAGACAAAGAAGCCUUCGUGAGACAACACAUUUACAGUCCUGAUUACGAUUCAUUUGUUAUUGAUGAUUAUAGGUGGCCUGCCACCGCCAUGCAAAUGCAAGAUGUCUAAGCUUUUUGUGAGAACUGUCUUGUUUCCAUCAGUUCCAUCAGUUCCCAUCAUGGCUGACAUAAAUGCACCUCCAGGGCUGCAGAAUGAUAAAUGCAACUGAAGCCAAUUUUUGUUUUGUAACUUUCUGAUGUCUUUUAUCUGUGGGAGCACAUCAAUAAGGAAUAAAACAGAAAACAGAGCCAAUGCUGGGCACUCCGUGCUCUAAGGAGAGGUGCUAUAACUACAGCACUGUGGGUUUUGCCAUUAUAUAAAGUGCUGUAGCCCCCAUGAGCACUGUCAUCGCCUCUGCAGUGUCCCUCCUUCCUUUGAAAUCAUAACCACUUAGGCUGUAGAAUAGCAGAUAGAGGGGGAAAAAGACAAUCCUCACAAGUGGCAGGAGUCCUCCAAAGACAGGCACCUAGCUGAAAAUUUUCAUAGGGUUCAUGGUUAGUAGGUCGGUCCAGAUUUCUAGAAAAUGCAACAAUCAAUAGCACUCUCAUCCCCAGCCAGGAAUGCUCCCAUAAGCCAGGAGCAGCUGCCAUCCUGAAGCCAUUGGCACCUUACAGGGCAUCCUCUCAAGAACCUGCCACACUGAUAGUAGCCUCCCCACAGCUGUAGUUACUGCUGGGUUCUCUCUCCCCUCACACUUCCACAGAUCCCCCAAAAUCCUUCAGUAAGGAACAUGAACAAGGCUGGAAUUCAAACAGAAACUUCUUUUAUGGAAAACCCUGGAGGCUGUGAUGGUGAUCUGUAAUUGUAAGGCUUGUAUUUGUUACUAUCAUGCUCCAACGGCAACUCCCAGAUACACAAGGUUAUUCCAACAGCCUUUCCAUAGCUGUUACCAAUACACCAUGAAUGUUCUCAGGGAAUAUCAGUAGGAUUUCCACUUGUAAGGGUUUUUUUUGUGGAUUCUUUUUUAUUCCACUGGUCAGAAAAACACUUCUCAAAUCAAUGAGAUUAUUAAACAAAACUGAAAAGUUUAUUCUGCUCUUUAAAUGCAUGUUUUAAAUUGACAAGGCUUGGCUUACCCAUGUAUAGCAUGCAAAUUACUACAGUACUGAAAGGGAAUGCAGAGGAUGGUGUCUUGUGAAGUGUUAUAAAAUACUWUUUUACCAAAACAGCCCCAAACAUGUGCAGCUGCAAAGAGACAGGACACAAGAUACCCUGAACCAUACAGGUGCUCAGAGGUUUGGUGGGGAGGGUGGAGCGCAGUGUGGCCUUAAUUAGACUAUGUUAGUACAGUAUCCUCUCUUAAGGCCUUAACAGCCAACAGCUCACCUUAUAUCCCUGCUCUACUGACCUGGCCACUCACAAAAAUGCAUCGUUGCAAGAGCUUUGAAUCACUCUUGCUCAAAGCCGUUUGCCACCCUUCACAGUCAGUAUUAGGAUCAAACCAACCUGUGACAUUUCCACAGUUUGAAUCCUAAUGGAGGCAGGUCCCCAGCUCACUGAAGACCCCAGUCCUGUUGGAGCUGGCUUGGAAGCCUGGCGACCAGCCCAAGCUAUAUGUGGCUAUACGUGAAGCAUCUGUCUGGUCCAUGGGAGACUCCAAAGGGCAGUUGAGCCCCACUUAAGAGGUGCCUGCUUACUCUCACAUCCUCACUCUCAGCUCAGCUGUGCAUCCGACAGUUCCCUGCACUCACUUGCCAUUCUUCAACUGUGGACCUACAGACAUUGUGAGAAGUGUCUCCAGAAAAGCUGGACAUAUUGGGARCCCUGUCCCUGGCCUGCUUGGUACAUCCUUAAAGCUCAAGGAGUUACCAACCCAAGCAGCUUGACAGUGCUCAGAAGCUGCCUCCUGAGCUCCGCUACUGAAGGCAGCCAGGGGAGAAGACAACUCUUCCUGAUGACCCACACAGACCUUCCRGACCUCUG